AUGAAGGCUGAGCUAAAACUUCUCAAAAAGAAAAAGGAAUAUAUGGAGUUAGUUAAAGGUAGAUUGGAUUCAGCCAGCGAAUCUACCUCAAUAGCGAGCGUAAUUAAGGAUGUUCUAUCCUCGACAAAAGAUAUGAAAAAGCAUAUCGAGAUGGCUGAAAUCCUGAGUCCCUUUAUUAAUUCAUCCUACGAUGAUUUCAGGAAAGAGUAUAAUUAUGUCUACUUCGAUUACAAUUUAAAGAAUUCGAAACAGAAAGCCGUUAAAAUAUAUAUGAAUUCAUUCUAUGGAGUGACAGGUCAAAGUGACUCCCCGUUCUACAAACUUGAGCUCACCGGAGGUGUUACUUCAGCUGGGCAAGAACAUAUCAAACUCGUUGCAGAAUUCGUGAAAAAGAAAGGUUUUGGGAUAAAAUAUGGUGAUACCGAUUCCCUAUAUCUCACUUGCCCAGAUUCCUAUUAUGAGAAAUGUAAUCUAACUUAUGAUGCUAGGAAAGGCGUUAUCUCAAAACUAGAGUACUGGACUGAAAUAAUCAAAAUUACUAUGGGAAUAAUGGAAAAAUUGCACAAUGAAGUAAACAACUUUCUUAGAUUAAAAACCAGAUCGGAUUAUCUCAAAAUGGCUUAUGAAGAAGUACUAUUUCCAGUAGUGUUUACUGGAAAGGAAAAAUAUUUUGGCAUCUCCCAUGAAGAUAUCCCAAACUUCAAACCGGAAGAGCUCUUUAUAAGAGGAAUCGAUACUGUGAAACAGGGUAAAUCCCAAGUUUUCAAAACCAUAGGGGAUAGGAUUAUGUGGAGAGCUAUGGGUAUUAACAAUGACCGAUCACUCUAUAAAAUUGUUGAAGAUGUUCUCAAGGACGCUAUAAUCAAUCCCAAGCAAUGGGAUUUCGAGCAGUUUAUAGAGACAGAUGCAUGGAAACCCAAUAUUCCGGUACCAGGUGAGCACUUUAGUUAUGUAGUAACUCAUCCAGACACGACUUUUGAUUCACAUGACAGAAAGUUAAACCUAACUAAAGGCGAGAAAAUGGAAUUUGUGGACAUAGCUAAGGAAUUAGGUAAGGAGUUAGAUUUAUAUCAUUAUUACGAAAAAACUAUCAUUGGUCUUUACGCCCGAUUUAUCAUGUAUGAUAAGAGACAUGAGCCAGUCCCCUCAGAUAGAAUAAUGCAAAUCGAUGAUCCAGAUGAGAAAUAUAAUCAGAUAGACGGCCAUGCUCAAAAGAAGGCCAAGUUGUGGUUUGAGGGAUUUGUGAAAGAGAAUAUCGUGGUGAAUGGAAUGCGGUCAAAGAAGCAUAAGAAAUGUUGUAUCAAAAGAUGGGUAGUUCAUAUGAAAUAUUUCAUGGUGAAUGGCUUAGCUACGAGAUAUUCAUGGCAAGUAACUCUGUCGAGCAAGCUUGUAAAAUGUAUUGGAGAGUAUAAUUUAUUCUUUCACAAAUUGGUCUAUCAUAUGCGUUAUAAAGAGCAUGUAUCAAUUCCAGAAGAAAUCGGCACAGUUUCAUCCAUGCGAAAAGAUGAGAUAAUUGUUGGUUUACCCACCUACCUCACAUAUCAGAAAUUGAAGCGUUAG